UUCAGACGCUCUUCGUAUUUUCUAUCAAAUCAGAUCUGCUGAAGCGUUUACGGCUAAUUGAUCUUUACGUCUGUUGCCAUUUCGUCGUGGUGCUGGUGUGACGAAAGGAUCAGCUAUACUUCAACCAUCCCACCUUAGAUUUGGACUGAAAAUAAUAUAUCAUAGCUGGUGGAUGUGACAUAUUUGUCUUAUGGAUACCACAGGGCUGCCCUAUGCCGUUGUUCCCAGCUACCUAACUUAUCUUGGGACAAUGCCGCUGUAGGUUCCUGGCCUGAAACGGUGAAUUUAAAGAUUCUGCCUACGGAGGAUCCAUCUUCGCUUCUAGUGUUCUGAAGGGAAGAUUUUCAUGGAUGGUUGUCAUUCACAACGGAGUCUACACGACGGUACCAUCAACGAUUCUGGCGGGUAACCAAGCCUUUCUACACCCCAAAGAACCAGUCAAUAGCCAUCCCAAAUGGAGGGUUCGGAUGGUUAUCCUGUGCAAAAUCCUCCUGCAGAGGAGGUCAUGUACCCAGACAUCGAUGAAACCAUUCACUAUCCUUGGCAAGGAAACCAGCCUGCCCAACACGACUCUUCGACAACUUCUGCGCUCGAUCCUAGGCUGUACAGGGAUCUUUUCUCACGCAGCACCUCACAGCUAAUAGAUCAACAUGCCCUUGAAAGUGAUUAUGAUGAAGAGGAAGGGGAUGCUGAUGAACUUUCGUUCGCUAGCGGAGAAAGAGAGGACCAACAGUUCGUGGAUGGUGAUGACUAUUCCGAUGACCCGUCCUAUGAUGUUUCAGAGGAAAACUCAACCGAAGAAGAGGAACUAGAUGAUAUGAAUGUUGAGGAAGCGGACGUUGAUGAGUCAUUUUCAAGAAGGCGACGGCGCAGGGGCACUGGUCGCUUUUCUGGUCGUUUUGGUGCCCGGGGCGGCAAGGGAAUUAAAAGAGGUCCCCGUAAACCACUUGAACCAAGCCCGGAGUUCAAACUCCUUCAUUCAGAAGCAACGUCGGCUUUCAUUGAUGGUGACUAUGAUCGUGCCAUCGACCUGGUGAAGCGUGCAAUCCAGAUCAAUCCAGAGAUGUUCGCUGCUCAUUCUUUGCUUUCGGAAAUCUUCCUGGCCCAGGGUCAGAAAGACAAGGCCUUGACUGCUCUCUUUAGCGGUGCUCAUACUAGACCAAGAGACGCAACCGUGUGGGCGAAGGUGGCAAGGUUGAUUCUUGAGCGUGCUGGUGAAGAUCGACAAGCAGCGUUGAACGAUGUUAUAUAUUGCUACAGCCGUGUUAUUGAUAUCAACCCGAACAAUUAUAAUGCACGGUUUCAGAGAGCAGCAAUCUAUCGUGAGUUAGGCCACAAUGGCAGGGCCGUCACUGAAUACGAAAGAAUACUCAAGGAUGUCCCUCACAACACACGAGCUCUCCGCCACCUUGCUGAAACGUACAUCGACCUUAAUGAUGUCCAGAAGGCGUUAGACCACUACCAGAGCAGUGUUGCUCAUUACAUGACCCUAAAUCCUGAAGAUGCACCGGAAUUUUCUUGGUCGGACGUCAACAUUUACGGUGAAUUAUUCAGCUAUUUAGGACUGUAUGCAGAAGGUCUCGCGGCCUUAAAAACAGUCUCCAGAUGGCUCCUUGGUCGGAAGGGUGAUACAAUGUGGGAAGAAUUCGAAGAUGACGACCGAGAAUGGGAUGCAGAUGAUUCCCCAAGACGUAUAAAAGCCGAUGGCUACAUCCCAAAACAAUGGCCACGAGAUUCUUAUGGACUGGGUCUUCCACUUGAGCUUCGAAUAAAGCUUGGCCUUUUUCGCUUGAAGAUGGGCUAUGAACACAAGGACGAAGCUUUGCAUCAUUUUGAAUGGCUGAAUCCCGAGGACGAUUCCGAAGGGGCUAGGCUUUAUGAUUAUGGCGACCUUUUCAGGGAGGUCGCAGACGCGCUGAAAGAGGUUGGACUGAUUGAAGAUGCCCUGAGAUACUACAAGCCAAUCCAACAGACCAGUGAGUACGCUGAUGUCAGUUUUUUCAUGGCUAUGGGCGAAUGCUGCAUGCAUUUAGGACAACUGGAAGACGCGGAGAACUGCUAUCUUACAGUUGCGGAGCAUGACUCGAGAAACGUAGAGUCGCGUGUCCAGCUGGCGAAAUUGUAUGAGAAUAUUGGCAUGACUGAGCAAGCGUUCAAGUAUGUCAAUGAGGCAGUACUCCUUGGAAGACAGGAAACCGGGCGCCAGCGACGACGGAAGGACACACGGCUUGAACAGUUGGCAAGGGAGUUCCGAACUGCAGAAAUCAGCCCGGAAUUGCCAGCCAAACCCACAACAGCGGCUCCUUUGAUGGAGACCCCCGGGACUGUGCAGACUGCAGCCCCUACUAUCAGACGUGGCGAAGAACUGGAAGUGGAGGGGCAGAGGACAGAACUUAUUCAAUUUCUAUAUUCUAAAAUGCAACAGUUGCAGCCAAAGGUCAACGAAGGCGAUAUUAAUGCUACGGAAGAUUGGUUAGACAUUGCUGAUGCUCUUUUACGCGAUUUCCGAUCCAAUCGAGUGUUCUAUCCGUUGCAGCGCAAUAUGGUCUUCUUAGGGUAUUCCAGGGAAGCACAGAGGAGGGCCGGAAAGACCAAGAACAAAACACUCAUGGAUGAAAUGCACGAAAUGGCUGGUCGCCUUCAAGAAUCCCUCGGCACCGUGCCAGAGGAACCUUUGCCGGCUGCCAUACCGACUGACUACCAUGGGAUACAAUUCGACGGGUGGCUGGACAUCUUCUUGCAAUAUGCCCUUAUUGUAGCCGGUCAAAGCGAGCCUGAAGAAGCAUACGACACUCUUGCAGCGGCAGCAGACGCAAGCGUAUGGUAUCAUUCGAAGCGCAGCACUCGUCUGAUUCACAUCUGCUGGUUCACAUGCGCACUUCGAGCACAGGACGAAGAAACCCUCACAAAUGAGGCCCGCUGGUUCAUCAAGGAAUACCAAUUCGUCACAGAUACAUACCGUCUCUUUGCCAUGCUAAGCCGUCUCUGCGGCGACCCACACCGCUCCCUCUUCCACUCCUCCCCAAACAUGAAAUUCAUGCUCCGACAAAUAAAAGCUAUGGACUACACCCUCCCAGACGACGCCACCCGCUCCGGGCGCGUCCGAGAAUCAAUCUACAGAGAACGAGCGUCUCUUACCACCCGUGACGAGACGACAGGUGAAACAAUCGGCGCUGAGAAAAUGGACGUCGCCCUCCUUGUCCUAUACGGCCACAUACUCUACUCGGGUAAUAGUUUCUUCCCGGCCCUGAAUUACUUAUUCCGCGCCUACGCCCUGGACGGGGAGAACCCCGCUGUCCUCCUCUCCAUCGGCCUCUGCUACAUCCAUCACUCUCUCAAACGACAAUCCGAGAACCGCCAUUACCUUAUUAUGCAGGGUCUAUCGUUUAUGCACGAGUACCGUCGCGUCAGGGAACGAAAGGGAAGUCUCGUCCAAGAACGCCAGGAAAUGGAAUUCAAUUUCGCCCGUGUCUGGCAUAUGCUCGGUUUGGCUCAUUUAGCUAUCGAGGGGUAUCAGCGUGUAUUGAAACUGGGGGAGGAGAUACAGUUGCAACUGGAACUUGCCCGGCAGCGACAACGAGAAGAAAAACAGGGACAGAUUAAGGUGGUACUAACCACUGAAAACGAUGGCGAUGUCUUGAUGGAAGGGUUGAAAGAGACGAUGACGACAGCUCCCGUACAACAGCAACAGCAACGGGAUACUUUCGUUGAGGAUUUCUCCCGCGAAGCUGCUAUGGCGCUGCAGAAUAUCUACGCUCUCAAUGGCGAUUUAGUCGCAGCUAAAGCUGUCACAGAGAAAUGGCUUGUUAUCUGAUGUAAAGGAUUUCUUCAAGUAUCUACUUAAUUAAUCCUUCUGAACGGGAUGGAAGUUAACGUUUUUACUUACAGAUGUAAACUGGGCUAUUAAAAUGUAUAAUUUUCAUCAUCCUUCACUUCGUGAUAAACAUAAAUGUAAGCAAAUGCAGAUAGAACGCCAACAAAUAAAAUAAUCUGGAAGAGCUUAACCAACCAACGCCUACUAUAUAAUUAACAUUAAAUACUUUGAAUACAUCCUUGAUAUGCAUGGGUAUCCUAUCCUCAUUCAUCUGACCCUGACACCGUUACUCAACGUAUGCAUCAUUUAUUUAUACACAUCAGAAUCGGGAUCAGCGUCAUCGAAGAAAACAGCAGAUUGGCGCCUUAAUUCCUCAACGAAGCUACCACGCGGAGAAUCAGAAUCAGAGACAUGCGCACGAGAGGAGUUCACCGAUACGAAAUCCGGCACCUCCAAGUACCGCGACUCAUCCUUAUAGUUAGAAGAGAAACGCUCGGGUAAAGUACUGUCAAGACGUUCCACCAUAGCAUCGCCGGGUACGCGUUCAUAAUUGCGGUUAUUUCCUCCAUCCCUGUAUCGGACCUGGUUCGGGUCUCGUCGAGACAGGAUGGGAGAGGGGACACGGCCCAGGGAGCGAGCAGGGGAACAGCGGAUUAGGCCGUUCAUGAUUUCAGUUUCGAUCUUCGACCUGUUCUUGAUGAAUUGGAUCUUGCCGAAGGUGCUGCGUUGGCCCUCGUGGAGCAUGCGUGCUAGUCGCUCCGGGCUGGGGUCGGAGAGGAUGUAAUAGAAGUCUGACGCGACGCUUUUAGGCCAGAUCGUGAUCGUGCCGCUGAAUUUCUGUAACCAGACUUCGCUCCAGUCCUGGCCCAUUGGACGCGGAAGCAGUUCCAAGUGCCGGAGAACUUUGAGCCACUUGUUCAAAUCAAGUUUGAUAUAUUGUUCGAUAGCGGAACCGAGAAAACCACCGCGCCAGCCUCGGCCUUUUCGGUGCGUAACCGGCCGGCCUACUGUACCUCGGGAACUGAAGAAGAAGAGGUUGAUAUGAGGGUUUACCUAUUCAAUAUGGUCAGAGGACGGAGAGUGCCGUAGUAGGGAAAUAUUUGACAAACCUGAGAAACUAUAGUGAAGCUAACAUUAAAAUGCAGAUUUAGAGCCUUGAUAGGUAUAUCAGUCCGAAGGCUACCGUCUUUCCAUUUAUGUCCAAAAGAGUAGGGCGCUAGAGUACCAUCGUGUUUCUUGUACAUCAACACCACUGGGUUUAAGAUCCCUGGAACAGCUGCAGAAGCCAGCACAGCACUCCAUAUGACGCAAUCCGGAGAGGUUAGAUGGUUUGCCAGGAUUGUUGGGGAAUAAGGAUCGGACGGUAUGCAAGACACGUUCAGAAUACGACCAGUGCGUUCGUACGCCUCCCUAAAUGUCAUCGAGCCCCUACAAAACCAACUACACUGCCGAGCCCAGGUCAAGGUAUCAAACCUUGCGCCUGUCCGCCAUAGCCGCGGUAUCCAAACCUUGGGGCCUUCAUAGCACGCUUUGAUGCGGUGGGCCAGUGCCGGUACGAGUAGUUGCUUUAACUCCUCAUCAGUCCGGGUUGCAACUAGAGCCGCGACCAGGGCACCUCCCGAUGUGCCGGUUAUAAUUUCAGGCAGGACAUCAUUGUCGAGUAGUGCCUUGACAACUCCGAAGUGGUAGUAAGCAAAAGUGGCGCCUCCAGACAGGCAAAGUGCAGUUCGACCGAAGUUCGUAUCAAGUUGUCUGAAAUGCAGGUAUUUGAUGUCAUCGCUGAGCUGGGAGCUAUCCGAAAGCAGUCGAAGGCAGGCAUGUACCUCAUCUAUGUACUCCUGCACCAGGUCCUUGGUCCCGGAAUACGCCUCGCUAUAGAUCCGGGGAUUCUCCACGCCGGCGAAGUUGUUCCUCACGCAGGCUUCCAAGAGUAACCGAAGCUCAUCGAUAGCAGGAGGCUCAUUGGGAUCGAUAGUGGACGCAUCAUGCAGCCCUAGUUCGACCUUCUUCCUCACCUGUUUCAGCUGCGAGACAACUUUAUUUAUCAUCAGAUGGUCAUAAUAAGCGUAUUCAUCGUGUCGCUUCCACUCUUCAUUCCCCAGAUAGACAUCUAGCGCCUGAGCGCAAGUCAGCCAGUCUGCAUAGCUAAUCUGCAUCGCAAGCUGCCUUCUCAGUUUCUCCCUUGUACCUCUCCAGGUCACGAAGUGUUCGUACAGGAAGAUGUACAGACGGGUCAGGACAUAGAGGAAGCCAAGCACAAUGAUCCACGCGAACACCAGGAGGAACAAGGGCCAUUUCAAGAUAGCAUACAAAACCCCCUCCCGCGUCUCAUCCUUGCUUCUCUUAGGAGCUUUCCGACGGCCACGGGUCCUCCGAAUACGCUGGUUGAUGGGACGCCAAUCAUUUAUAGCAACGAGCGGGGAAGCUUCGGGGGCAUUCAGCGCCUUCUCGAACUGAUAUAAAUCAUCGGGGUCGAUGAACUCUUUCUCAAAGUCUGGAAGGGUCGAUGGAUCGUAAAUGUCGUGAAGUGUCGUCUUCUCAUCUGAGGUCAUUGUCGAGCAGGUCUGGGGUGAUUCAUGAUGGAUGACGUCCGCUGCGUUGGGGCAGAUGGAGGGAAAGCGUUGUUUGCCAUGUUUGCAAUCGGGUGAUCGACAACGACUCACCAGCCACUAAUGUCAGGUGCCGCUUCGGGUCACGCGUGUGGCUAGUGUGGGAGCUAGUGUCAGCCAUAGUCUCUUGACGGAGAACGACACAGCUUGACAGUAUUAAUAACGGCAGAAACGGAAAUGAUAAUUAGGCAUUCUUUCUGAAACCCAGCAUAUUAAUUGCCUAGCGGAUUUUCGGCAAAAAAUAUAUGUAUUUUACAUUUAGCCCCUUGCUAUAAUUUUACGAAUUCCGUGCUAGAUGGAGCCGUCGAAGCACCAGGCAUCGGGAUGCACGGAGGCCGGACUCACCAGACUCGCGGGACCCCUAACAGUCGCGAUCCUUCUCGGCCGGCUUUUGCCUUCCUGGGGCCAAAAUCGGAAGGAAUAAAAAUGAUAACAUCAGUACUAGUAACACCAAAAUACUCUUGACUAUACAGAGUAAUUGAAUGAGGCAACAGUAUUGUCGUCGUUGAAGGGUGGCGUUGAAAUCGAUGUUAUUCUGUGGCUAGAUGCAAGACACGGAGAAUGAAUCCCACAAGCCAUUGACCUCAGUUGGCCCACGCUUCCCGGGCAUCCAUGGAUCGGACCUGCGUUGUCUACAAUAACACCACGGGCCAAUUAUUCGCCUUGUAUGAGCCCUCAAUUUACAUUGAUAUUGAUCCCGGAUUGAAGUGGUUCUCUUCAUUUCCUUUACACCGAAGACAAUGAUCCUUGGUAUGAGAAAAGCUGGGUCGGAGGACACGGCCACAGGAGACAGCGUGAUGUAUCUUCGAAGCGGAUAGAUGAUAGCUUCAGGUGACACAGCACAAAUGCACCGCCUUAUGUUGGUGUAGUAAUAAUAAUAAUAACAACAACAAUCAAUAACAACAACAAGGGAUGAUCUUUUAAGCGUU